CAUAGCAAAAGGCAUUUAACUCAUCAAAGUGACUGCCGCUGUGACCUUAAAUCCUCGACCUCACUAAUUGAAUGAACGAGCGCUCGCACGCACGAGGUCGGUGGAUAGAGGUGAGAUGGCGCAGCGCGCGACCGCGCAGGUCAGAGUGGAAGUGGCCUUCUUCACUUUAACAACCCAGAGCUUUGCAGCUCAACUAGCGUGACACACUUUCCCCUUCCGCUCGCUCUCUGGACACAGAGGAUUAUGUGGACUAACUUCAGCAACGCACUUCUCAGAAAGCACAGCAGCCACUAAAGAACGAGGACCAGCGUUUCCCCCCCUCCUCCACAUCCUGUCACUCUCUCUCUACAGCUGACUGUCACCGGGACAUGACUGAGGGUGGAGACAUGGCUGCUGGGUUCAUCCCUCAGAAGGAGAUCGUGUACAACGGCAUGCUGCCUUACUCCGGCCGCUUGGACCGGGAGGCCACGCAGCUGCUGGCGGGGAUCAAAUCGGGCUUGUCCCGGGCUGUUCUCCUCAGAGAGAUGUGGCCUGGAGUCGCUUUCUGGUGCAGGAAACUCUUCUCCUAUCUGAAGCUCUAUGGCCGGAGGUUCAGUAAAGAUGACCACAUUUUCUUCAUCAAGUUGCUCUAUGAGUUGGUCACACUGCCGAACCUGGAGCCGCAUAUGAUGCAGAGCUACGCCAGGCUGCUCAUUCACCUGCUCAAGAAGAAGGAACUUCUGUCAAGGGAUGACCUACAGUUACCAUGGCGACCACUUUAUGAUUUGUAUGAGAAGGUCAUUUUCUCCAAAACUGAGCAUCUUGGACUCAUCUGGUUCCCCAGCUCUGUGGAACACAUUUUAAAGGCUUUGAUCAAAAGCUGCAGACUGUAUUUCCCUACAUCGUCCACCAAGGAGAUGCUGGAUGAGUGGCGCCCCCUUCUGUGCGUGUUUGAUAUGGUCAUGCAGAAGGCCAUCAGUAACAUGGAGCUGUUCCUGCCCACCAUCAUGUCUCCAGAGGAACACAGCCAGGGCUUCCAGUUGUGGUUUGAUGAAUUAAUGAACCUUUGGAUGGCGGUGCAGAAUCAGCCAAGCUGGGAAGGGCAUUUAGUGAACCUGUUUGCGCGACUUGCCAACGAAAACAUUGGCUACGUGGACUGGACGCCUUAUAUUCCCACAAUAUUCACCAGGAUCCUGCGCAGUCUGAACCUGCCAAUUGGGGUCAGUCAGAUGGUGGCACCGCGGUAUCUUACCAACUCCUACGACAUUGGACACUUGGUGUUGUGGAUUACAGCACUUCUGGGUGGACCAGGAAAUCCUGCACAGAAACAACUGACCUGCCUCUUCAACAGUAUCGCUUCUUUCUACCAUCCCUCCAAUCAUGGUCGCUGGCAGUCUCGACUCAUGCGGCUGCUUCAGCGUCUGCCUGCAAGUGUUGUGCGCCGUGUGCACCGGGAGCGUCACGGUGAUCCCAGUUGGAUCACAGUGGUUCCUGAGGGUCAGAGGUUGACUGAUGCAGACCUGCAGGAGUUCACCCGCAGCCUCAUUGGAGCUGCCCUUUUGGCCAUGUUCAGUAAAACUGGCAGCAAUGAUGCAGCCUACGCUCUACAGAACCUGGCACUCCUUACUCCAGAACUUGCCAUACCACCCGUACUUGAGAAGACCUACGCAGCAAUGGAGACCCUGACGGAGCCGCACACCCUCACUGCCACCCUCAGCUGCAUGAUCGGCAUGGCUCGCAGCCUGGUUUCCCCUAACAACCAUUACCCAGAGGGCCGUGCGCACGUGCUCUCACUGCUCAUGGGCUGUCUGCCAGGGGUGGACCCCAACGACUUCAGCAAGUGCAUGAUAACGUUCCAGUUCAUCGCCACCUUCACCACUCUGGUGCCUUUAGUGGAUUGUUCGUCUGCUCCUUCUCGACACAGUGAUCUCACAGAGAUUGAGAAAGAUCUGUGUUUUGCUUCAGCUGAGUUUGAAGACUUUGUUCUUCAGUUCCUGGACAGGUGUUUUGCUCUGAUAGACAGCAGUACACUGGAACAGACGAGAGACGAGACAGAGACAGAUACCCAGACUCAUCUGGAGAGCCUGGUAGAACUGGGUCUGUUCUCUACUGUCAGCACCGUCUUAACGCAGUGCUCCACAGAAAUAUACAAGGUGGCGUUGCACAAGGUUUACAACUUUGCCACCUCCAACAUCUUUGAGACAUGCGUGUCAGGCAGGAUGGUGGCUGACAUGUGUCGAGCUGCGGCCAAGUGUCAUCCUGCUGAGUCUCUCCGUCUGUUCAUCCCUCACUGCUGCAGCGUCAUUUUCCACAUUACCAACAACGAGGAGUUGCAGAGUGAGGACGAGCUGGAUAAGGAGCUGUUGUGGAAUCUCCAGCUGCUCUCUGAGGUGAGCCGUGUGGAUGGUGAACAGUUAUUAAAAUACCAAGGGGACCUGGAGCGGAUCUUGUGUGUGUGCGUGCGCCUGCGCUGCAAACAGGCUUACACACUUGCCUGCAGUCUGCUGGAACACACGCUUCGGUCGCUGUCCCUCAUCUAUCCCACUGAGCACCGCAGCACCUCUGGAGGCUUUGAUAAUGACCUCCCUAUACGGGACUGGGGCAGAGCCGGAGAUGUGGCAGCCCUGGGUGUGUGUUGGCACGUGCCAAGUGUGGAGGAGGAGAACUUUGUUUUCCAGCUGUUGUCACGCCUCCUCCACCCUGAGUUGGAGCGAAUCAAGGGCCACGUCUCUGGAGAUCAGCCAGUGAGCAGGGAGGAGCUGUUGCAGAGUCUUGCUAUCGUGCACCACUGCCUUCUUGGAGCUGGAAGCAUGCUGCCCCCUCUGGAUGGAGCACAUGUAUCUGACCUUGUGCCCUCCAUGGUGAAUCUGGGAGAGAUCAGACUGUAUAUAGGCAUUGACUACGACGAGUCAAGGGAGAAUUACAGACAGUCCAUCUGCCAAACCAUGAGGCUGCUGCUACAUCACAUCUUGGAGCAAUCGGAGGAUGACACCAAGUCACUGUUUGUCAUCAUUAAGGUGUCCACCCUCUGUGAUUUUAUUAAGCCCCAUUCAGACCUGAUCAUAAGUGACCUCAUGUUUUUCCGUGGCACUCACAAGAAAGAGUUUGACUCCCGCUGGAAAAGCUUCACCCUUGUCAAGAAGUCCAUGGACAACAGACUUCAUGGGAAAAAGCACCACAUAAGAGCACUGCUCAUCGACCGCGUUUUACUCCAGCAUGAGAUGAGGACGCUGGUGGUUGAGGGCAGUGAAUAUAAAGUGGUUCAUCAGGAGCUGCUCUGUGAUCUGCUGCUGCUGUCCACCAGCACUUACAGCCAGGUACGUAGCCGGGCUCAGAAUGUGCUGACGACUGCUCUGGGAACAUAUAGCUUCUCCUACAGGGACCUAAUUCCCCGAAUCGUCCAACUGCUCUCACCACAGCACACCACUGGCACACAACAGCAGUUCAAGGGUGCUCUGUACUGCCUGCUGGGAGUGCAUAGUGGUGUUUGCCUCGCGAGUGUGAGGGACUGGGACUGUGUCGGGGAGGUGUGGCCUGCUCUGGUCCUCUGCGGUCUGUCGCCCUCUAUGACCCUGGAAAAGCCCUCCAUUAGUCGACUCCUUGAUGAUAUCAUUGACAGAAUCAAUCGGCAGCACGACACCAUCGGGAUUUACUUCACAGUAUCUGAGACAUGUGUAGAAAUCGCCAAUCAAGUCACAAAGUCUGGAAAUCCAAUGUCUUGCUUAGAGGCCCCGUCCACCGCGGACCUAAACGAGGGGCUCCAGCGUCAGCAAAUCAGAAACGUAGUCGCUGCAAGGAAAUAUGAGAAGCUGGUCAAUGAUCUCUUGACCUGCCUUGAGGACAGAGACCUACCCUGGAAGUUUGAGCACAUGGCCUCAGACUUUCUGUCCCUCCUGCUGAGAGAUGAUCACCCUCUGCCACCUGAUGCCGUCCUCUUUUUCACACAGAGCCUCGUACAUGACUCCAUCAGCAUACGCAAGGUGGCGAUCUCAGCAGUGGCCGGGAUCCUCAAACAGCUGAAACGACCGAGAAAUAAAGUGGCAGUGAAGCCAGCGGAUAUUAGCGGUGUACAGGAUCCAGAGGGAGUGUGUGUAGGCGACCGUGAGGGGAAUCAAUGGCUGCAAUACGACAGCAACAAUCUGCCUCUCACCCAGGAACAGUGGGACUCUCAGUACUAUGUGGAAAAAACGCACUGGGGCUACUACUCAUGGCCAAGAGAAAUGAUGAUCUAUGCAGCUUCUGAGGAGCCGAACGAUGACCUGCCGUAUGAGAAGAUGAGUGAGGGUGAAAAGAUCGUCUUUGAAUAUUUCUCAGACCCGGAGUUUAUUGACCAGCUUAUUGGGUUUCUCUCACUGGAGGACCGGAAAGGAAAAGACAGCUUCAACCCGCGACGAUUCUGUCUCUUCAAGGGGCUGUUUCGUAACUAUGGCGACGCGUUCCUGCCGCUACUAUGGCCUCACCUUGAGCAGCUUGCCAGCAACCCCCAUGAGAGCUCGCAGCGCUGUGUGUGUGAGAUUACUGCAGGACUAAUCAGAGGCAGCAAACUCUGGAGUUUCAGCAAGGUGGAGAGCUUAUGGCAGCUUUUGUGUCCUUUGAUCAGAACAGCGUUGACCAACAUCACAGUGGAAACAUACACAGACUGGGGCACUUGUAUUGCCACUGCAUGUGAGAGCAGAGACCCUAGGAAACUGCACUGGCUCUUUGAGCUGCUGAUGGAGAGUCCACUCAGCGGAGAGGGCAGCUCAUUCAGGGAUGCCAGUUUGCUGUAUGUGCUUCAGGGAGCUCUCGCCCAGCAGCAGUGGAGAGUUUCUGAACUGCUGCACAGGCUGUUGGUUUACCUGGAGCCUAGAAUCACCCAGGUGUAUAAAAAUGUCAGGGAACGAAUCGGCAGUGUCCUGACCUAUAUCUUCAUGAUCGACGUGGCUCUGCCCCACACCCAGUCCACCUCCUCCCCCCACGUGGCAGAGUUUGUCACUUGGGUCCUGGAGCGGCUCAAGCCGCUCACGUUGGAGCCGGAGAUCCACAACCACGUCCACGAGGAGAACACCCAGGAGAUGGACGAGCGCACUCAGGCUGUCAAACUGCUCAAGACGGUGUUGAAAUGGUUGAUGGCGAGCGCGGGACGAACUUUUACUACUCCUGUUGAGCAGCAACUACAGCUCCUGCCCCUUCUCUUCAAGAUUGCCCCGGUGGAGAUUGAUGAGAGCUAUGAUGAGAUGAAGCAGGAUGCGCGCACGUGUCUCUCUCUCAUGUCCCAGGGCCUGCUGUAUCCUGAGCACAUCCCUCUGGUUCUGGCAGCACUGGAAGGGAUGACAGCCUGCAGGUCAUGGCAUGCACGCUUCUCGGUGCUGACCUACCUCCAGAUCAUGGUUUUCUACAACUUGUUUACGCUGCUCAGUGUGCCUGCUGAGGUGCUCCGCAUCCAAAAGCUGGUGACGCAGCUGUUGCUUGACGAACAGCUCGAGGUGAGGGACAUGGCAGCCACCACCCUCAGUGGUUUACUGCAGUGCCACUUCUUCCCCCUGGACUUCAGUCUGCAGACGAAACUCCAGACGCUGAGUCAGACUCGACUCCCCAAGGCCAGAGGAGAGCUGGCCUCCAUAGACUUAGUGCGGCGCCAUGCCGGUGUGCUCGGCCUCAGUGCGUGCAUCCUGUCGAGCCCCUAUGACGUCCCAGACUGGAUGCCUCAGAUACUGAUGGACCUCAGUGACCACCUCAACGACCCACAGCCUAUAGAGAUAACGGUGAAGAAGACUCUGUCGGAGUUCAGACGCACUCACCACGAUAACUGGCAGGAGCAUCGUCAAAGCUUCACCGAUGAUCAGCUGCUGGUGCUCACGGACCUGCUGGUGUCACCCUGCUACUAUGCGUAGACAGACAGCUGUCUCGCCCCCACCGCGUCCCUUUACAGACCGACUGACCAGCGGCAUGGAAAAAUAAUUAUACCCUGUAACACUGGGGAAACUGGAGCUCUCUGUGAAGCCUGGUAGAAUAAUGCAUGAUAAUGUUACGGCGGCACAGAGCUCUGCUUCAACUUCCUCAUGUGACACGGUUGGCCUUCAGCAAAAACCCAGCAGAAAUUUAGCUCUGGGCAAAAGUGUCUCAAAUUUUAGACUUUUUGGUGUUUGUUCCGUCUCAUCAAGCAGUUCAACUGCCCCAAAGGUGGCCAUUGUACUUUAGAAAAUAACCACCAUUUAGAAUAGCUUUUUUGUUACUUUUGCAGAAUAUUUUCAGCCAUGUUCAGGUCAAAUCUUCCAAAUCCCAUCACAGGCUGCUUUCGAGAUUAGAUCACAGAGAAGUUCAGUGUGUGACAGGGGAAUUUGACCAAUUAAGAGAGAUGACACUCCUGGCUAUACAGUACAUUCCUCUUCAUCUACUCUGCAUACAGGCCAUUUCUGGUGCUGGAUUAACCAACAAACAUUGUGUAUGCUCCAAAAAAAAUAAAAGAAUGAAAGAGUAUUAAAGAGAGUCUGGCACUAAAGGCAAUAAAAUAUGAGUCGAAAUCAGCAGAGAGUUACAAAUUGAGAAAUUGUCUAUGAAACAAGUGCAUCUAUUCAUAGGACAAAGAGCAGCAAACUCAACAAGAAGCUAUUUUCCCAGUGACUCUGCCUAGUCCAGCUUUAAAUCACACAUAAAAAGUGUAAAACUGGCUAGUAUUUCACAAACUAUAAGAAUAAAAUGUGUGUAUGAUAUAAACAUAUGUACUUACUUUCUAAAAACUUACACUAACAGUACUAGAUACUGCAAAAUGUAAUGGUAUAUAUUCAGUUAUGAUGUAAUCCAACACUGGCAAUGUGAUGGCGUUUGUAAUACGACAGUAUUACCAUAUAAAAUAUGUGUAAUAAAUUGUGUAAUUGAUAUAAAUGUAUGUAACAUUUAUAAGCGUACUUGAAUAAGACAAAUUACUAAAUCUAUCAUAUGCUGUGCCGGUGUACCAAGUACCUACACGCACGACUGUGUUGUAUUAUACAGUAGCUCAGCACUGAAAAUUGAAUAAAUUCACUGCAUCAUU